CAUGUUCACUGUGAUCAUGAAGGAGCUCAGGCGAGAAGAUACAGGCACUUACUGGUGUGGGAUUGAGAGAAGUGGAUCUGACCCUGGGGUCCCUGUUAAAGUGACCAUUGACCCAGGCUCAUCGGUUGACAUCACGGGUCCAGAAGCAGUGAGAGGUCUGGAGCGGGGAUUGUUGACCGUGCAAUGUCGCUAUGACCCAUAUUGGGAGACCCACCUGAAGUGGUGGUGUCGAGGGGCUGAUUUGCGAAGCUGCAAGAUCCUUGUUCAAACCAAUGAAUCAGCAUUUGGGGUGAAGGAGCGUGUGUCCAUCAGGGACGAUCAGACAAACCACACGUUCACUGUGACCAUGAAGGAGCUCAGGCCAGAAGAUACAGACACUUACUGGUGUGGGAUUGAGAGAACUGGAACUGACCCUGGCUUCCCUGUUAAAGUGACCAUUGACCCAGGCUCAUCGGUUGACAUCACGGGUCCAGAAGCAGUGAGAGGUCUGGAGCGGGGAGUCUUGACCGUGCAGUGUCGCUAUGCCCCAGGGUGGGAGACCUACCUAAAGUGGUGGUGUCGAGGGGCUGAUUUUGUAAACUGCAAGAUCCUUGUUCAAACCAAUGAAUCAGCAUUUGGGGUGAAGGAGCGUGUGUCCAUGAGGGACUAUCAGACAAACCACACGUUCACUGUGACCAUGAAGGAGCUCAGACUAGAAGAUACAGGCACUUACUGGUGUGGGAUUGAGAGAACUGGAACUGACCCUGGGGUCCCUGUUAAAGUGACCAUUGACCCAGGCUCAUCGGUUGACAUCACGGGUCCAGAAGAAGUGAGAGGUCUGGAGCGGGGAGUCUUGACCGUGCAGUGUCGCUAUGCCCCAUUUUGGGAGACCCACCUGAAGUGGUGGUGUCAAGGGGCUGAUUUAAGAAGCUGCAAGAUCCUUGUUAAAACCAAUGGAUCAGCUUUUGGGGUGAAGGAGCGUGUGUCCAUCAGGGACGAUCAGACAAACCGCACGUUCACUGUGACCAUGAAGGAGCUCAGGCGAGAAGAUACAGGCACUUACUGGUGUGGGAUUGAGAGAACUGGAACUGACCCUGGGGUCCCUGUUAAAGUGACCAUUGACCCAGGCUCUUUGUCUCUGAGCGGCCCCACUAAUGUGACGGGCACCGUGGGUGGAUCCCUGAGCGUGCCGUGUCGGUACAAGAAGGAAUAUGAGGCCUUUAACAAAUACUGGUGCAGACAGCCGUGCUUGCCACUGUUCUCCGAGACUGUGACGCUCAGCGCCUCCAGGAGAGAGGUGAGGAGAGGCCGAGUCCAUCCUGGCAACCUCACCUUCACAGUGACCUUGAAGAACCUCUCUGCAAACGAUGCAGGAAAAUACAGGUGUGGGAUUUCCACGCUACUGAUGGAAGAGGGGCUUCCUGGCUUCUUGCCUGAACCCUUUUUCCAGGUUCAAGUGUUUGUUUCCCCAGCCUCCAGCAGCAAGAGCUCUGCAAGGACGCCUGGACCUCCCAGCCGAGACCCAGGGUCCCUAUUCAGCAGCGUCCACUUCCUGCUCCUCAUAUUCCUGAAGAUACCCCUGUUUCUGAGCAUGCUCAGUGCUGUCCUCUGGGUGAACAGGCCUCAGCGGGCAACUUGUGAGGAAACACAGUUUGGCUAAGACAACCUGCCACUGUCCCCACCCAGCGAUGGCCUGUCCAGAGACACAGCCACUUGGACUAGAGAAGACGGAACCUCAUCCCUGAACCUUACAUCCCUUUUCAGCUUAUCGCCAGAGACUUUAAAAAACAUGUCAGUGAAUAUAUCACCUACACAAACGUGUGUAUAGGAACAGUUGAAGGACUAAAAAUAGACAUCUGUGUACCCGCCAUUCAGCCUAAGAAAUCAACCAUCAUUGAGACAUUUAAAGCCCCCACCUGCCGAAACCGGUUUGGCUCAGUGGAUAGAGCGUCGGCCUGCGGACUCAAGGGUCCCAGGUUCGAUUCCGGUCAGGGGCAUGUACCUUGGUUGCGGGCACAUCCCCAGUGGGGGGUGUGCAGGAGGCAGCUGAUUGAUGUUUCUCUCUCAUCGAUGUUUCUAACUCUCUAUCCCUCUCUCUUCCUCUCUGUAAAAAAUCAAUAAAAUAUAUUUAAAAAAAAUAAUAAUAAUAAAGCCCCCACCUACUUCUCCCUGCCCUCAAGCCCCUCCUCUUGCUGCCAGAGUCAACCACUCUCUGGAUUAGUUUGUGCCCAUCAUUUCUAUUCCCAACCUCAUGGGUAAGAAGGAAGAGCAUGCUUGAGGCAGUUCUUAAAGCCACCAAGAGAUGGCGCCAGAGGCAAUUUGCAGAGCUUUACUAUGGAUCUCUCCAUGGACUUAGAAAUAAUUCUUCUCCAACAGAAUUGCUUCUUAGCUGCUGGAUCCAUUCCGGCUGAUCCCCAAAUCCAGACCCAUUGUAUCCU